AUGUCAGGUGGUAGUGUGUAUUUACCACCCAAUUCUGAUGAAGAAUCAGAUAAAAAUGAUAAAAAUAAUAAAGGUAAUAAUAAAAUUAAUAAUAAAUCGAAUGGAAAUAAUAGUAUAAAUAAUAAUAAUAAAAAUAAUAAUAAUAAAAAUAAUUAUAAUAAUAAUUAUAGAAAUAAUAAUAAUAAUAAUAAUAAUAAUAAUAAUUAUAGAGAUAAUAAUAAUAAUAAUAAUAAUAAUAAUAAUAAUAAUAAUAAUAAUAAUAAUAAUAAUAAUAAUAAUAAUAAUAAUAAUAAUAAUAAUAAUAAUGAUAAUAAUAAUAAUAAUAAUAAUAAUGAUAAUAAUAAUAAUAAUAAUAAUAAUAAUAAUAAUAAUAAUAAUAAUAAUAAUAAUAAUAAUAAUAAUAAUAAUGAUAAUAAUAAUAAUAAUAAUAAUAAUGAUAAUAAUAAUAAUAAUAAUGAAAAUAAAAAUAAAUAUAAAAAUAAUUAUAAUAAUAAUAAUAAAAAUAAUAAUAAUCAAGGAAAGGUUGAAACCUUGAAUGGUUUUUUAAGAGAGCAUGGUUUAACUAGUCAACAAUUGAAGAAUUUGAUUUCAGCUGAUGAUAAAUAUUUGAAAUAUAAUACAAAUUCAAUAGAAAUGCAUUACACCUUAUUACUUACCUCAUGGCAUAGAUGUGAAGAAAGGAAAGUUACAAUUAAAAUCAGCUCAUACCAUGAUGUAAAACAAAUUCAAUAUCAUAAUGAUGGAAAACUUGAUUUAAAAAAAUCAAUUCAAGUUAUACCAGGAAUUAAAUUCUGCACUGAACCCCAAAUAUAUACCAAUGUUUUUAAAAUACAUCUUCCUUAUCCUUCAUUUUUGGAAAAAAAAAAAGAUUUACAUUAUUUUAUGAUUUUUGAAAUUGAAGAGGAGGCUAAUGGAACAAAUAUCCCUAUGGGUCGUAGUUGGUCCAAAUCAUUUUAUCCAAUUAAAAUUAAAUUAAAAGAAGAUGAAAAGGAAAGUGAAAAAAUAUUAGAUCUUAAUUCAAUUGUUAAUUCCAUGAAUUCUUUUUCAGAUAAGUACACCAAUACAGAGAAUAUAAAUUUAUUUGAAGAUUUUAAUGGAUUAAAAAUCAAAAUGAAUGAUAUUAAAAAUUCAUUUGCAAAUUUGGAAAAAAAGGAUGAAAAUGAUGAAAAAAAUGAUGAAGAUAAUGAAUAUAAGGAACAAUAUUUAUGUGAAAUUGGUAAUGUUUAUGAAAAAAGAAAGUUUCAACCCAAACAAACCACAUCAUCAGCAAAAAUAAACGCACCAGGUACUGUUCUAUCAAUAAAGGAACAAUACUCCAAUUUGAUAAUUCGUGUUGGAUGGGGUCAAGAAAAUGAUAAAGCUUUGUUUCAAGUCAAUUAUCAUAAUUUAAAUUUUGAAUUAAAAGAAGAUCCAAAUUUUGAAUUAAUAAAUUUAAAAAAUUUAAAAUAUGAAAAGGAAAAUCAAAAAAAAGGAUUAGUCGCAAAAAAUCAAAAAAAUAAUAAAAUAGAAAAUUCAUUGAAAAUUUCAAAAGGAAAAUUAUUGCAAGAAGAAAUAGAAAAAAUAAAAAAUGAUAUCGAAUCAAUUGACAAAUUCAUUAGUGAAAUUGAAUCAAAAAUUGAAAAUCAGGACCAAUACACCACAGAGGAGAAGAUGGAAAAAAACUUUGAAAAGAAAUGGAAAGAGUAUAAUAGUACCUUUAUCAAAAUUAAAUCAGAGAUUUCAAAAUUAAAGAUUUUAUCUUAUGUUGACUUUCAAAAAUCAUUUAAAGAUAUUCUAAAGAAUAAUUUCCCAGAGAAUUUUAUUAAUACCAGAUUUGAUGCAUAUUGCUAUUAA